AGUUAUAUUGCAUUAUCCUAUGAAAUUAUAUCGAGGCUUUUCACGUGUUCCCAUAUAAGUAACAUUAAGCAAAGAUAAAUCCUGAACGAUGUUGCCACCCCUCUUUGAAAUGGAUGAUUACGCCUCUUGUAUUGACAAUAAACAUAGUUUCUGUAAAUUAGAGGCACAACUUUAUGGUAAAGAUAAUGACAGUCCGAUCUGGAGAUCUAUAAAGGAAUCCUCUGAGAAUGAGAAGCUGAUGGAUCGCAGUAUACUCCAUAGAGGAUUUUGUAUACCUCGUCAAGAUGCAAAGGAUUUGGAAUCAGUAAAGAGCUUUUCAGAAAUGUUAAUCGACAAAGAGAUAGGACCCAUGAAUUUGACUUCUGAGGUAAACGUCUUAGUCUGUUUCGAUAAUGACUUCUCUAUGACAUCAUAUGACCAACUAGUUAUAUUGAUCAUUAUGAUAUACAGUGGUUUGAUACUAUUCGCAACAUUAUACAGCAUGACGAAAACAAAAGUAGUGGGUGUUUCACGAUUAGUAUCAGUGUUCUCGCUAUACCACAAUUGGCGAAAGAGAACAACUCCCAUUGAUAAUGCAGACUAUGGGAAGCUCAAAUCUAUGCAGGGUAUUCGAUUCUAUUGUUUACUCCUCGUGUUGAUGGCUCAUACCAAAUUAAGCUAUGGUAUGGUUUAUCUUUCAAAUCCAUCAUUCUUGGAGCAGGUCGCAUCAAAGCCUUUACUAAGUUAUGUGAACAUUCUAGAUGUCUUUAUUGUACAACCAUAUUUCAUGAUUUCAUCUUGGCUUCUCACAAUCCAAAUUAUAAAUGUUUCUCGAAAUCAUGAGGAAUUCAACAUCAAACAAGUGGGAGCAAUUAUUCUCAAUAGAUAUUUCAGAUUAGCAGUUUCCCUAGGUGUCGUGAUUGCAUUAUUCAAUACUUCUAUGGCGAGAUAUGUUGGUGGUCCUCUCAAUAUCGAAAAUGCAUUAUUACAUGAGGAAGCAUGCAGAAAUAACUGGUUCAAAACUAUAUUGUUCAUCAACAAUUUCCAGUUCGUUAUCGAUGCGUGCAAUCCAAUUGCAUGGUAUCUAGCAGCAGAUUUCCAAAUGUAUGUUUUCAAUACAUUCACAUUCUAUUUAGUCAUCAAAUACAAAUUGAAUGCCUUCAGAACAUUCAGCAUAUUGAUGGCUAUAGCUUCAGUACUGUAUGGAAUAAUUAUAUUCGUUUAUGAUAUGGAUAUAAUAUUCAAACCUUCAAUAAGAAAUAUGGAAUAUAGGAUUUUAUCAAGGUCAAUAUUGUUCUUAAUCACCUAUCAGUCAACAAUUUCAGUUUUCGGCUGUUGCAGUGUUGGUGUAAUCCUAGGAUUGAUAUACGUCAGAAACAAGGAUAAAACAGUGAAGAUUGAUAAUAUCACAACAUUUUCCUGGUCUGCCAUAUUUCUUGGUUUACCGCUUUUGGUCAUUUUGAUUUCAAGACAGGAAUAUAGAGGAGUGUCGGCUGCUCUAUUAGGACCUCUCGUUAAGCCUUUGUAUGUCUUGGGAAUCGGGAUUGGAAUCCUCGGAAUGUCUUUUGGUAUAGGAGGUUUUCUGAAGAAGAUAUGUGAAUUGAGGUUUGUUACAAUCAUGGGAAAUUUCAACUACUGUAUUUAUAUUUGCCAUCUACCAAUAUGUUUUAUGAGACCAAACGAUAUCCUGUUACCCAUAGAAGUAGGAUAUUUCAAAAUGAUAGAAGAUUAUUUGAAAGUGAUAGUGAAGAGUGUGACUAUCGGAAUCAUCAUGACGCUCGCAGUGGAGGAACCUGGAAUAUCAUUACAAAAAAUGAUGCUGCCUCAGAUUGAACGGAAUAUAUCAGAGAAGAAAUUGAGGAAGCACGAAAAAUAGCAAGCAACAAAAAUGAGACAGAAAUCAUUAUACUCAGAACCCAAACAUUAUACAGAUUGGAAUUGAAUCGAAUAUAUUUUGUUAAUCAUG